AUGUCCUCCUUCCCUGUCCCCAGCUUGCUCGCGCAGGAUUUAUUGCUGAUCCAGGAUAUUCUCGGGCCUCUCCCGGAACCACAAAAUGAAAAGAAGGAGAUAAAAGUAGAAGAUUCCGAUGAUAUCGACAGCUCGGGCGACGAAGCGAGUGAAGCCGAGAUUCAUGCUGAGCUCAUUCAAGUUGAAGAGGAGUCUGAUUCAGACUCCUCUGUUGAAACCUCUUCUUCUGAAUCGGAGUCGGACCACGAAGAACAGAAAAAAAACACCAAAGACGUCGACGACGAUGAGGGAGAAUCUGGAACAGCAGCGCCUCCUGCGAUGUCCUACUUCCAAACCAAAAAUGAAGUCCUUGAAUCAAACAUCACUGUCCCCGACAUAGAAGAGGUCUCUCCUGAAGAAACGUUAGAGGCAGUCGGCGAGGUGCUCAGCGUCAUCGACAAAACUGUUAUUGUCAAGGGCACCUCUUCGGUUCCUUAUGCGCUUGAUAUUGACACUCUGCUUGUAUUCGAGGACAAGAAAGUUCUCGGAUAUAUUUACGAAACUUUUGGACCUACAACGCAGCCUUUAUAUCAAGUAAAAUUCAGCACAGAGUACCCGAUUGACCCACAGAAAGUUCAAGUGUCCCGCGCGGUAUAUCAUGUACCCCGACGGAGCAAGUUCGUGGCGGUUGACCAAUUGAAGAGAUUCAGAGGCAGUGAUGCUAGUAAUAUGCAUGAUGAAGAACCUGCGGACUACGAGCUUGAAUUCUCUGACGAUGAAGCCGAGGCGGAACACAAACGAAGAAUGAGGUGGGUGCUACCUUGUAAAAAAGAAAAGGCAACCACGGCUGACUCAAAAUUUAGGCACUCGGGUGCUUCAUCUUCGAGAGCGGCAACUCCUUCGCCAGCACAAAUGCGGGAUCAGGACAUGCCCUUCUAUGAAACAAAUCCCUAUGCAGAUAACAGUGCAUACGAUGACAAUUAUGGAGCUGGGCCUUCUUCUCGACCGGCCCCCAUGCCAUACGACGAUCCCUAUUCUGACGACUAUACCAACAUGCAAACACCACCACCACAACCACCACAAAACUCGAUUUCAAAUAUCGGUCGCGGAAGGGGGAGAGGAAGUCGCGGUCAAAGGAGAGGGCGAGGUGGAGGCCAUCGUUCACAACGGUUUGACGACCGCCGCAGUUCCCAGCCACCACCACAAGCCCGAUCGAGUUCACCAACAUCCAUGGCAAUUGCUCGUGCUACUGGACAAUACCCAGAUGGCUCUGGGUAUGUCCAACAAGCGUCGCAAACACAUUUGAAUCCCACCGCACAAUGGCCUGAUCCAUCUCAGUUCAAUUUCGGGACACCAUCAUCGAAUGGUUUUGUGCAGCCUCACAUAAACCCUCGGUUUGCGUCUGCAUUUGGGUUUGGGGUUGUACCCCAGCAGCCCCCGUAUCAAUUUCAGCCGGGAAAUAGCUGGACAAACUCGAACCAGUGGAACCGGCCCCCCGGCACGUAG